AUGAAUAUUAUCACUUGGAAUUAUCAAGGAGCGGUGUCCCAAUCCUUCCACCGCUCUCUUAAAUAUCUAAUUCAGGUUUUUUCCCCGUCGAUUUUGUGCCUUUUUGAGCCUAAAGUUUCAGGUUUCCAAGCGAACUCCAUAUGCUCAAACUUUGGAUUUAAUGAUUGGCUUAGGAUCGAGGUAGUGGGCUUCUCGGGUGGAAUAUGGAUAUUCUGGAACAAUAACUGCUCUUUGGAUAUUUGCUACACUCAUCCCCAAUUUGUACUGAUGCAGGUGCACGAAGCUUACUCUCCACAAUGGUCUUUUGCUGCCGUAUAUGGUAUCCCAAACAUAACCCUGAGAAGAAAGCUCUUCAACGAAUUAACAAGACUCAAUAUGAACAUUCGAGGCCCUUGGCUAGUUGCAGGCGACUUCAACUCUGUAUGUAGUCCCGACGAAACUAGUAACCCUGAUAAUUGGCAAAACACUCGCUGUGCAGAUUUUACCGAUUGGAUUUUCAAUGAGGGCCUCGUGGAUCUGGGUUUCUCAGGCGCCAAAUUCACGUGGAUGAGAGGACUUAAUCAACAAACCUUUAAAGGUGCAAGGCUUGACCGUGGACUAUGUAGUGUGGACUGGAAGACUGCAUUUGCAGACUCACUAGUUGAACAUCUGCCCAUGCUAAGCUCAGACCAUUCCCCCAUACUAAUAAAGACUUCAUCGUCGCCUUCGUUCCCCAGGCUGAGGCCCUUCAGAUUUAACAUGGCAUGGUCUUCCCACCAGCUGUUCCAGCCCUUUGUUCAUGAUAAGCAAUUGUAUGCUUUUGAGGUAUUUUGGAUGAAAUUGGAGUCAAUGAGAGCCAAAUAUGAAGCUAUGGAGAUGGAUGCAACACUUCCAAAGGAGUCUAGGGUGGUUCUUUCAAUGGUCUUGGUCAUACUGGCCGAUAAUUGCAGACCUGAGUUGCUUAAACUCGAUCGCAAUCUCCGUAAGGAAUUAGAAGAGAUACUCCAUCAAGAAGAGCUCCUUUGGUUCCAGAGAUCUAGAGAGGAAUGGAUAGUUUCCGGAGACCGCAACACACAUUUCUAUCAUGUGGCUACCUCCGUAAAAAACAGUUCCCUAAAGGUUAAGAGGCUCAGAGACGACUCGGGAAUUUGGAUCACUGACGAGACUGCGUUACGUGAUCACAUCCGCCGCUAUUUUGGAGAUCUUUUCACCACGGAUCAAUCGCACUCUGCUACCUUACCUCGAGGGCGCUAUCCCAUCAUACAUGAAGAUGUUUGGCGCGAGGUCAACAAGACAUUCUCCCUAGAGGAAAUUAAGCAGGCCCUCUUCGACAUGUCCCCCUGCAAAGCCCCCGGCCCCGAUGGCUUUAGUGCCGGUUCCUACCAGCAAGCUUGGCAGACAGUAGGAGACUCCAUCAUCGCUUAUGCUAAAGAGUUCUUUGAAAAUGGCAUCCUCACGGAAGGAAGUAAUGACACAGUUAUUACCUUAAUUCCCAAAACCUCAAAUCCGGAAACAGUGAGACAACUUCGUCCAAUAGGCUUCUGUAAUGUGACAUACAAAGUCCUUACCAAGGCUAUGACCUCAAGAUUGAAAGACAUCUUGCAGAAACUAGUCGGCCAAUACCAAACCAGCUUCGUACCCGGUAGACAAAUAACUGAUAACAUCCUUGUCUAUCAAGAGCAAGCUGUGCUCCAAAGGACCGGCAUCCCCAGAGUAGACGACAUGGGAAAAUACUUAGGCGUUCCCUCUAUUCACGGCCGACUUAAGAAGGAUUCCUUUGCAGGCAUGAUCGACAAAAUGCGCAACUGUUUAGCUGGCUGGAAAUCCAAAUCCCUCUCGCUAGCCGGAAGACAUGUGCUCGUCCAAUCAGUUCUCUCUACGAUCCCCUUCUAUACCAUGCAGACUACCCUUAUUCCAAAAGGCGUGAUCUCAUCAAUGGAACGUCUAAUCCGCAGCUUCCUUUGGGGUGCAAAGGAGGGGGAGAGAAAGUGUAAUUUAGUCAAUUGGUAUACGGUGACAAGCAACAAAGACUUUGGAGGCCUCGGCAUCCGUAGAUUGGAGGAAAUGAACAUCUCAUUCCUUGCAAAAUUAGGAUGGAGGCUAAUGACUGAAGAGGAUUCCUUCUUUGCUAGAGUGUUCAGAACCAAGUACGCUGUACCCAUCUCCAAUCCUUCACAAUGGCGCCCAAAACAGAAUAUGUUAAAUGCUUGGAAAUGCAUUCUUAAGAGCGUCCCAGCUAUUCUAGCAGGCUCCAAACACCUCGUACGCAAUGGCAAAGGUACACUCUUUUGGCAGGAUAUUUGGAUAGGUGACCGAUCGCUUCGUGAUGUAGCUUCACCCCAAAUCCCAGACUCAAUUUCCCAACUCAAAGUGUCGGAUUAUUGGUCGAACAUUGACGGCUGGAAGUGGGAUGACUUUGAAGACUUCCUCCCUUCUGCCAUUACAGACGCCAUGGCUGCCAUACUCAUUUGCCCAGACGAUCACAUGCAGGAUCAGAUUAUCUGGAGUGGUGAAACCUCGGGUUUGUUAUCUGUUUCAUCAGCCUACAACAUCAUCACGGAAACCCCAAACGUUACAAACGACCCGACUUGGGGAAAAAUAUGGAAGCUUAAACUGCCAAGCCGCAUCAGAAUUUUCCUUUGGUUAGCCAAACACAACAGAGCCAUGACAAACACUGUUAGAGCACGAAAAGGCUUCACUUCGAACGACAGAUGUUGGGCUUGCCCUAAUGAGGCUGAGGACAUCGAGCACGUUUUGAGAAAAUGCCCGAAGGCUCAGGCAGUGUGGGAGAAUAUUCUACCUGAGCUUGCCCCGUCACGCAACUCCCUCCCUUUUGCUGAAUGGCUUACCCAAGGUCUCACGGACAGUAAUGGUGGCAGGUCACCUUCCAUUUCUGCUAAUCUCUUUGCAACCUCCGUUUGGUGGAUUGGGAGAUGGAGAAACGAAGCCAUCUUCAACAAUCAAGAAAUCUCCCUAAACUCUAAAAUCUCUUGGAUCCUCACACAACAUAAGGAAAUCACCACGGCCUUUGCCAGAGCCUCCCAUCCGGUUGGUUCCUCUAACGCAGCAGCCUGGAAACAACUAACCUGGUCCAAACCCCAGGAGAACUAUAUCAAGAUUAAUGUAGAUGGCAGCAUGCACCCGCAGAACUCCAUGGCAGGUUGCGGAGGCGUGGCAAGAGACAGCUCUGGCGAAUGGAUUGGAGGUUUCACUAGCAAUAUUGGUCGUUAUCACCCGCUAAUGGCUGAGGUUUGGGCAGUCCUAAGGGAGAUUGAACUUGCUAAAUCGCUCGACCUCCAUCAGGUUAUUUUCGAAAGUGACUCCAAAGCUAUAGUUGAUGGUAUCACCACAAAUUCACUGGCAAAUUCCUUUGUGUGCAACUUCUUGGCAACCUGUAGACGUGAACUGCAAGGCAUCAGAGAUUGGCGAAUAGCUUGGGUGCCUCGAGAGCAGAACGGCACAGCAGAUGCCCUCGCUAGAAUGGCAAUUUCACGUCCCCGUGGAGUCCCUGUCCUUUCCCACCCUCCAGUUGAUAUUAUCCCUUUCUUAUAUUACGAUUGUAAUUCCUUCGCCGUUUGGCGCUUUUCCAGCUUGUAA